CUCGGAGAGCAGCGCCAGCCCUCCCCGCUGCAGACGGUGCGUGCGCUGCGAGCCCGGCCGGCCGCGCCCGGGUGCGAGGGGUCCGCCUGUCCCGCGGCUGGGAGGGUGCUCGUGUGCGCUUUUUUGUCCCGGACGUCGAGGCGGCGAUGAGGCUCCCGCUGGCUUUGGCCGUGCUCCUGCUGGCCUCGUCGCAGGCGUUGGGCGAGGAGAUGGGAACCACCGACGACCUCAGCUACUGGUCCGACUGGUCGGACGGUGACCAGGCCAAGGAGGAGCUGCCGCUGCCCCUGGAGCAUUUCCUGCAGAGGAUGGCCCGCAGACCCCGGCCCCAGCAGUUCUUCGGCCUCAUGGGCAAGCGGGAUGCCGGAUAUGGCCAGAUCUCUCACAAAAGGCAUAAAACAGACUCCUUUGUUGGACUUAUGGGCAAAAGAUCUUUAAAUUCUGGGUCCUCUGAAGGGAGCGUAGCACAGAAUUACGAACGGAGGCGUAAAUGAAAUAUUCCCGUGCAUUAUUUAUUAAACUUCAUUUGUCCUAAUGGCCAAUGCAGUGUAAUAUAAAAUAACCACUGUAUGAAAGAAUUAUUUAUUUAAUAACUGAAGAGGUUUUGUUUUUUUUGAGUUGUACAUUCAAUAAAAUUAUUAUUUUUCAUAUUGUGGCAGCGACACGUGUUGUGUAGGUGUGUUGUGGUUCUGAAAGGACCAGCAACCCUGGUGAUGUCUCACAACAAAGCACAUUAUUUGAUAUGACCUGUAAAGUUAUGUUUACUAAGCAGGCAAGUGUUCUUUUGUUCAUUGAAAGCGAGUCUAUCAGCUUCACAGCUAGUGCAGAACAGAACUGAUGUUCAGUCUAGUGCCUCAAUUUGUUUUCAUGGUUUAUAAUGUACUGUAAUUUCUGUAUCAAAAAUAUAUUUGUAUCAUUGCAGCAUGUUUUAUGUUCUGUGAUUAUGUAUCAAUAUAUUUUAAAAAGGGGGAUGGAUAAUGUUUGAAUGGGAAUCCAAGGUCUUCAUUUCAUAGUCUGGAAUUUUAUGAUAGUAACAUUUUAAAUAAAAACUACUCUGGGGCUUUUGCAACAUACUUCCUUUGGUGAUAACAAUGGAGUUAUUUCUCUUGUUGGUCUGGAAUGAGAUUUGGAUCCAAGCAACAGUGGUCUGAGACUGGAAAGAAAUGUAAAAUUAUUUUCUUUUUUUUCAGGGGGGCUGUGAGCCCCCUUAUGUGUGUUUGGUGAAUGUUUGAGGGAUUUUUUUAGUGGAGAGAGUUCCUGGGACUGCUCCAGGUCACACAAGGUGCCAUCCCUUCUAAACCUGAUGGAAAUCAUGGAAAGAGCAUGAUGUAUUCCCCAGCUCCAAGGGGAAUAAUUUGCUGUGGAAUUAAUCCAAUAUUGUAGGUUUAUUAUUUGAAAGCCAAGCUCUUAAUAAAUUCUAUCCCUCAGAUUCACAAUAAAAGCACCUAUGGGCAUGAACCCAUGCAAUAUAAAAGAAAAAAAAAGAGACUGUAAUUAUCUUUUUGAUUAAAAUAUCUGAUUACUAUAUAUCCAGGAUGGUGCUGAAAUGCUACAUCCAUCUUACCUGAUGCCAAGACAUCUGGAGUUCUAUCUUCUUUCCCCCUGUUAUGAGCUAUACCUCUCUGAUGCUGUGAUGCAAACUUUCACAGCAGAUGAAUCACCAAUAAAA